CCGGGGCCGGGCGACGCUGGGCCGGACGGUGUUCGGCGGGGUGGAUUCAGCUGUCUACUUGUAUCUCUAGAGCCGCGCGCCUCGGAAGAUAAAUACAUUGUUGCAAUACUAACAGGAAGCGAGGGAGGGGUACCGGAGUUUGCUUUGGACUGAGUUUUGAGUCGUGUGGAGGCCCGCGAUGGACAAGCUGAAGAAGGUGCUGAGCGGCCAGGACACGGAGGAUCGCGGAGGACUGGCCGAGAUUAUUGAAACACCGUCAUUAAGCUGGGGCACAAGAAUCAAAGGCUUUGCUGCUUGUUUUGCCUUAGGGAUUAUCUUCUCACUGAUGGGGACUUUUAUGCUGUGGGUGCCUCGGAGAGGACUUGUCCUUUUUGCAGCAUUUUAUACCUUGGGGAACAUUGCAUCACUUGGGAGUACUAUUUUUCUCAUGGGACCAAUGAAGCAAUUGAAGCGCAUGUUUGAGCCUACACGACUCAUUGCAACCAUUGUGAUGUUGGCUCAGCGCAAGUACCACUUCUACUCUGAAGCCUCCCCUGACUACCUAGAACCCAAGGAUUUAUGCAGUUGUGUCUUGUUCUCACUCUGUGUUCUGCCUUCUGGUGGCACAACAAAGGACUCGCUCUCCUUUUCUGCAUUUUGCAAUCUUUGGCCUUGACGUGGUACAGUCUUUCCUACAUACCAUAUGCAAGGGAAGCCGUGAAGAAGUGUUUUAAUGUGUGUCUGGCCUAAAAGGCAAAAAAGCACUUUUGAAAGGCCUCGGCAAGCACGGAAGACCAAUUUCUGACAACAGUUUUGUAAAUAUUUUCCUAAUUCUGUCUUACAGACUUGUGCCUUUUUUUUUGGCUUGCAGCAGGGUGUUGCUUGCAUUUAAAAUAUUGAUGGUUGUUUUUGUAAGCAAUGAUGUGUUUUCAAACCAAAAUGUCCAUGGGUCUGUGUCAGUUUUUGUGUGCCUGGAUUUUAAAGAGUAGAAUGUCACUGAUCUGGGUCAUUGUUCUGUCCCCUUCCCUCUCUCUUUCCUUCUCUCCCUCUUUUUCCUCUCCCUCUCCCCCUAUCCCUCAAUUUUGAAAUUUUACUGCAUUGUUGUUUAUGAUUAAAAAAAAACCAGACUUA